AUGGCCGGCCUCGCAAACGUUCUCUACUCGCACGUCUCCCCUCCCUCGACCUUCAUCCGCAAGAACACUGUUCUGCUGACUACCGCCUUUGCCGGUGCCUUUGCCUUCGAGCUUGGCUUCGAUAUCACCUCCAACAAGAUUUGGGACUCCUGGAACCAGGGCCGCCAAUGGAAGGACAUCAAGCACCGCUACAUGGUUAAGGAGGAGGAGGAUGAUGAAUAA